AUGGCACUGACCCCGGAGCUGUAUGACACUCCUGCCUCCAGGCUGGACUCCUUUGUGGCCCAGUGGCUACAGCCCAGCCGGGAAUGGAAAGAAGAGGUGCUGGAGGCAGUGCGGACCCUGGAGCAGUUCCUGAGGGAGCAGCACUUCUAUGGGCAGCGUGGGCUGGACCAGGAGGUGCAGGUGCUGAAGGUGGUCAAGGUGGGCUCCUUCGGGAAUGGCACAGUGCUCAGGAACACCACGGAGGUGGAGCUGGUAGUGUUCCUGAGCUGUUUCCACAGCUUCCAGGAGGAGGCCGAGUACCACCGAUCCGUUCUAAGCCUGAUGCGGAAAAAGCUGUGGAGUUGCCAGGACCUGCUAGACCUCAGGCUCGAGGAGCUGAGGGUGGCCCAGGGAGUCCCCGAUGCUCUCGUCUUCACCAUCCAGACCUGGGGGACGGCGGAGCCCAUCGCUGUCACCAUGGUGCCUGCCUACAAAGCCCUGGGGCCCUCUGGUCCCAACUCUCGGCCACACCCUGAGGUCUACGAGAGCCUGAUUGAGGCCAACGGUUACCCUGGAAAUUUCUCCCCAUCCUUCAGCGAGCUGCAGAGAAACUUCGUGAAGCAUCGGCCAACCAAGCUGAAGAGCCUCCUGCGGCUGGUAAAACACUGGUACCUGCAGUAUGUGAAAGCCAGGUGCCCCAGGGCUGCGCUGCCCCCUCUCUAUGCUCUGGAGCUACUGACUGUCUACGCCUGGGAACUGGGUACUGAAGAGAAUGAGAAUUUCAGGUUGGAUGAAGGCUUCGCCACUGUGAUGGAGCUGCUCCAGGAGUAUGAGUUCAUCUGCAUCUAUUGGACCAAGUACUACACGUUCCAGAACCCAAUCAUCGAGAACUUUGUCAGAAAACAGCUCAAAAAAGAGAGGCCCAUCAUCCUGGAUCCAGCUGACCCCACCCACAACGUGGCGGAAGCGUACAGAUGGGACAUAGUCGCUCAGAGGGCCUGCCAGUGCCUGAAGCAGGACUGUUGCUAUGACAGGGAGAACCCGGUCCCCAGCUGGAACGUGGAGAGGGCACGAGACAUCCAAGUGACAGUGGAGCAAUGGGGUUACCCAGACUUGAUUCUCACGGUGAACCCUUAUGAGCUCAUAAGGCAGGUUAAAGAGAAGAUCCGGUGGAGAAGAGGCUACUCGGGCGUGCAACGUCUGUCCUUCCAGGAGCCCGACGGCCAGCGGCAGCUCCUCAGCAGCCACUGCUCCCUGGCCUAUUACGGGAUCUUCUCCAACACUUGCAUCUGUCUGCUGGAGACCAUCUCCCCCGAGAUCCAGGUCUUUGUGAUGAAUCCUGAUGGUGGGAGCCACGCUUAUGCCAUCGACCCCAACAGCUCCAUCCUGGGCCUGAAGCAGCAGAUUGAAGACAAGCAGGGGCUGCCCAUGAGGCAGCAACAGCUAGAGUUUCGAGGCCAAGUCCUGCAGGAUUGGCUAGGUUUGGGGAGCUAUGGUGUCCAAGACAGCAACACCCUCGUCCUCUCCAAGAAGAAAGCCAGAGGGACUCCGUUUCUACCCAGUUAGUUUCCUCUGGGAAACCUCUCUAUGCAUUUCUGCCAUCUCAUCUGGGACUUAUUCUGUCAACCACUCCUUCCAGCUUUCUGCUGUGAGGUCCCAUGUCUUCACCAACUUUGUAAAUGGUUAUCCUAGCCCUGAUAGUGGAGGACUAAGGAGGGGUGUGAGAGACUAGACAUACAAAUGGACAAUGGCCAGACCAUAUAUGACAAUAGAAUACUGACCCACAAUCUUUGCAGCCACCAGCCAGGAAGCCAAACCACAACCUGUGCAGCAAGCAACUCAAAACAGUGAGGACUUGGUCAAUAACUGGGAGCUUCCCUAACCAAGCCCCUUCCAAUUUAGGACCAACCGGAGAAAGCCAAACAAGCUCCCUAACCAAUCACAUGGGAUGCUCUGCUUCUAGGUAGCCCACCUCCAGUUUCUCUGCACCAACAACCUCACAGGCUUCCCUGAAGCCUUCUCUUUUGUCCACCACAAAGCUUCCCCAUGACCCUGCCUGCCUCUGAGCCUCUGACAAAUGCAACGGAUGGUGGCUCACUCCCUUGCUAUAGCAAGUGGGAAUAAAUAAUCUUUGUUUGUUCUCUACUGGGUGGUCUUCAUGUCUUUCCACAGAUGCUAAUGCUAUCCUUGUGGCUGUUGCUUAAUCAUUUGAGCCCCUCUCAACUCUGGGAAGUGAGGACUGUAGGGAAACUGAGAUGAAGAUAGGCAAAGUGUGGGAGAGCAAGAAUGACGCAGUGUAAAAACAUCCCCUCAAUUCCUGAAACACACACACAAACAGUACCUAGUGGUCCAAGGACUUUAGGAAAAUGACAGCAUCUUUAAUUAUCAAAGAACAUCAUAUUACCAGGUUUACUCCAACUAACCAAUAAAAAGUUUCCUUUUUCCCCUCCCCUCUUGCCCUGCUUUCUGAUGGACUACUUACCAUAGAAUAUUCAAUGCACUUCAUAAUUGGUUCUCAACAGCCUCUGGACAAUUUAUCAAUAGUAACCAAUUUCCCACCUCUUCUUGCCUUCAGGGGCAGAAAGAGUGCCUCCUUUCCGCAGGAGAGACAGGACAGUCCACCCUACAUCUUUUAUCCUUUAUAAUGCUGGAUACAGCCAAGUUGUAGGUGGUGGGCAAAUUCUUGUUUAGAAAAAGGAAUAAGUUGAUGUGGAUCAAGGCUGCCCCAGGGAAAGAAGCCCAAGGUGUCCUGGCUGACAUGCCGAUCUAU